CUUAUCCUCACACGGAUCAGAUCACAAGAUUUAUUUUAUUUUAAUUUCCGGUGGGUAUUGUCAGAACCAGACAAAAAAAAAAAAAAAAAAAACCCAUUAUAUAUAUAUAUAAAUAUGCAAAUGGAGGAAAUAACCAAAAAGGAAGCAUCAGCAAAAGCAGCUCCCGCCGCUAUCGCCGGCGCCGUCGCCGGCGCCGGCGUGGAUGAGAAGAAAUGGGUGUACGAUUCUUCAACUGAUCGGAAAGGAAGAAUUCCUCUCCGGGCGUCCACCGGCGCGUGGAAGGCCGCCUUCUUCAUUAUCGGAAUUGAGUUCAGUGAGAGGUUGAGUUAUUUCGGAAUAGCGACAAGCUUAAUCAUAUACCUGACCAAAGUGCUGCAAGAAGACCUCAAAACUGCCGCCAAAAGUGUCAACUAUUGGUCGGGGGUCACCACUCUCAUGCCCCUCCUCGGAGGCUUCUUAGCCGACGCUUACCUCGGCCGAUUCGCCGCUGUUCUCGCCUCCUCCAUUGUCUAUCUCCUGGGUUUGACUCUCCUAACGUUGUCAAGAACGGUCCCAGAACUGAAGCCCUGCAGCAAUGAAUCUCCGGCGGCUUGCGCCGAGCCGCGCCGGAUCCACGAGAUAUUCUUCUUCCUGGCAAUAUAUUUGAUUUCAGUCGGCACCGGCGGGCACAAGCCGGCGCUGGAGAGCUUCGGCGCCGACCAGUUCGACGACGACCACGCCGAGGAAAGGAAACAGAAGAUGUCGUUUUUUAACUGGUGGAACUUCGGGCUUUGCUGCGGGCUUCUGAUUGGCGUCACGGCCAUCGUUUAUGUCCAGGAUCACGUCAGCUGGGCCGCCGCUGACGUCAUUCUGUCGGCGGUGAUGGCCGUCAGCAUCGCCGUGUUUUGGAUCGGAAGGCCCGUUUAUAGGUUCAGGAAGCCCGCCGGAAGCCCGCUGACGCCGCUGGUGCAAGUUCUAGUGGCGGCGAUAGCCAACCGGAAUAUUCCUGCUCCGGCGUCGCCGGAGCUGCUCUAUGAGGUUCCUGAAUCCGACAGGUCGCCGGGGAGGCACCUGGUUCACACGGACAGGCUCAGGUUUCUCGACAAAGCCGCCAUUGUAAGAGACGUGGAGGAGAAGAACAAGACAGACAUCAAUCCAUGGCGUCUAGCGACUGUAACAAAAGUAGAAGAAAUGAAGCUGAUCGUAAACAUGAUCCCGAUCUGGCUCACCACAAUCCCCUUCGGCAUCUGCAUAGCUCAGGCGUCCACCUUCUUCAUCAAGCAGGCCGCGACCCUCCGCCGGAAUGUCGCCGGAACUGAGUUCGUCAUCCCGCCGGCGACCAUCUACGCCCUGGCCGCUAUCGGAAUGAUCUUUUCCGUCCUCGUCUACGACAAGAUUCUCGUCCCCUUUUUGCGACGGAUUACGGGGAACGAGAGAGGGAUCACGAUUCUUAAACGAAUCGGCAUCGGAAUGUCCUUCUCCGUCGUCACGAUGAUCGUCGCCGCCGUCGUCGAGAAAAAGCGCUUGGAUUCCGUACGGUCGCCGGCGCCGGCGAUGAGCGUUUUCUGGCUGGCGCCGCAGUUUCUGAUCAUCGGAAUUGGUGACGGCUUCGCGCUCGUCGGCCUGCAGGAGUAUUUUUACGAUCAGGUUCCGGAUUCGAUGCGAAGUUUGGGGAUUGGGAUGUACCUGAGCGUGAUCGGCGCGGCGAAUUUUGCGAGCGGCGCAUUAAUAACGGUGGUGGAUCGGGUGACGGAAAAGGGGGGAAAAAGUUGGAUAGGGAAAGAUUUGAAUAGCAGCAGGUUGGAUUAUUUCUAUUGGCUGUUGGCGGGGAUCACGGCGGCGAAUCUUGGCAUAUACACGGUUGUCGCGCGGCGAUAUUCUUACAAGAAUGUUAAGAAGAUGGUGGUGGCGCCGGUGGCGGAUUGUGGGAAUAUCGAAGGAAUGGCUUAGAUAAUUAUUACAUCAUCUGUCAAAUAUAUAUUUAUAUGUAUGGCGCAGAUUUUAGUAUUGAAUCAGCACUUUUAUAUAUAAAUGAUACAAAAUAUUUAUCGUGUUUAUUAAUAUAUGAUACAAAUACAUUAUAUGAACUCGUAAUACAUGGCACUGUAUUAUCAUUAAUUUCAA